UUGAUAUCGAAAGAUGUCGGUCAACCAAUGAAAACACGUGUGGUUAAAGUAAAAGUGCUGGUGUUGAAAACACGCGAUGCCAUGUAAAUAAAAGAAUACCGUUUAAUUUAAUAAAUAUUUUUAAAAUGGGAUUAUGUUCUAAGGUGUGUUCAAGUUUUCUCGGUGACGUUUUGGUAUGGAUCACACGAAUAGCUGGUCUAUCUGCAGUUGUUGCAUGUUGGGGUGUUGCUGCGGAAGUGUUAUACUAUGGACAUUACUUAGGAUAUGUACUUUUAGCAAUUGCUGUUGUAUUGACACCACUUGAAGUUGUGUUUGGAAUAAACUAUUGUGUACAGCUGUGUUGUAGUGUAGAUACUGCAUGUCGUAGAUGUUGGGACUGUGUUUUAUGGCUUGACGACUGGAAAAAGGCCACACUUUACCUAGUUCUGGCCGUGCCAUGCUUUGUGCAGCCUGGGGAAGUUAGGCUUGCAGUUAUAGUCGGAAUUAUGUUAAUAUUCAGCAGCGUUCUUUAUUUACUAAAAACUUUUAAGACGAGAGCAGACAAUGAAAGAAAGACUUUAGCACAAACACCUUCAUAUGAUAAAUUUGAAGAAGUUCAUGAAGAAGUUGAUUUAGACGACGAUGAUGAUGACGAUGCUGGUGGUGUGAUAACUAAUCCUGGCACUAUAUCAAUAUCAAUGGACAAUGACAUUGGAGACCAACAGGAAAUUCUCGAGGUCUGAUUGAAGUCAAGACUGGGUGUCAAGCAAGAGAAAGAAAUGUCAGAUGUGAGCGGGAGCUUUGAAAGUUCAUCCCGGUGAUGUGAUUACUGCCUGAAGAUUAAAACGCAUGACCCAGCAGCAUAUAGUGUGACAACAUAUAUAAUGUAGCUGAUCUACUCUACCUGGUAAUUUUAAUUUAUUGGUUGUAUUUUUUAAGAAACUUGUACCAAUAUCAUCAUUUAGAGUUCAAAACUAAACUUUUUUACUUUGUUUGAAGACUUGUUAACCAGGUUUUCCGAAGGAAAAAACUGGUUAUUAGAUUGGCAAAUGUCGGUGGGCGGGCUGGCGGGUGGGGGGAACAAGCUUGUCUGGGCCAUAACUUUGUCGUUGAUUGUGAGAUUUUAAAAUCUUUGGCACAUUUGUUCACCAUCAUGAGAUGGUGUGUCGCACGAAAGAAUUACGUCAAUAUCUCCAAGGUCAAGGUCGCCACUACUAAAUAUAGAUUUAUUUUGAAACAAAGGGGGUAAUAAUAAACAAUCAGUUCAGUUUGAGUUGUCUCCCUUUAUCAGAUAUUUUUUUUCAAAUUUAAAACCUGGUUUUGUAACAAUUUUGUCCCUUGUUUUUAACAUAGAUUGGUUUAUGAUGGAUACAUAAUUUAUUGUCAUUCUUAUUUUAAAAGAAUACGGUAGCUCAAGUUUGAUCAUAUAGUUUCCUUAAAGCUGAAGAACACCAAUGUGUUUUUUAGUAUUACAUACAUUAAAAUGCAUUGAGAUACAUGUACAGUAAUAAUUCAAUAAAAAAUCACACUUAAUGUUAUUGGGAGUCUAAGACCUUUCAGGAUUAAACAACACUCCAACAUGCUUCAUGUGAUUACUUAGAAAAUUUUCUGGAAUCAUAUUUAUGAAUUAUUACAACCUAAUUGUGUUGAUGUCUUUUUUAUCAGUGUUUCCUAUUUAUUUAUUUAGUUGUUUGAUGGUUGUUGAGUGCCUCGCAUGUGUGCCUUCAACGUUCUUUAUUUCAAAUUAGAAUAGUAAUUGGUGUGUUUAUCUUGAAAGAGAAAAGUAUCUGUGUCACUGAGAAGGUUUCAUUGGAUAUUCUUUACCCACUUACAUAACUCUGUGUUUUUCUGGUUUUGCGCUUAAAUUUUUAAUCACCAUGAUGCAUGUUAUUGUCUUUGUUUGUAAAUUGUAGCAAUUUAAUUGUAAAUGAAUAGAAAUUACCGCCAAGUACCUUACCUUUUUACAUACAAUCUUGUUGGGAACACUGUAAGUUAUUCAUAAAUUGCUUUGGUAUAUUAAAUCUUCAGUAGAUAUUAGCAUAUUUGUUUGUAAAGUGCUUAAUUUAUUGUUGUUAUUGCAAUAUAGAAUUAGAACACUGGCAUAAUUAUUUGUGUUCAUUUUAAAGUUACACUUUUAUACUAGAAGAGAUCUGUUUAUUGUACUUUCACAAAAGAAUCUGGUUUUUGUUGUCUUACAAUGUUUAUUCAUUUAUUUCUCUAAUGCAUGAAUCUCCAAGUGUAUUUUUAGCUCAACUUUUAUAUAUGAAAUAUAUAUAGUGGAGCUACCCUACUCAACCCGGUGUUGGGGUUCCCGUUAGCGUUAGUGUGCAAAUGUUAAAGUUUGCGUACAACCCCAAAUAUUUUCAAUGUUCCUUGACAUAUUGCUUUCAUAAUUUGCAUACUUCUUUACCAACAUGACCCCAAGCUAUUAACAAGAGCAGACGACUAUAUCAAGCAUUUUGUUAGAAUUAUAGCCCUUUUUUCACUUAGAAUAUGCAUAUUUUUGAUAAAUCUAUGUUAAAGUUUGCGUACCACCUCAAAUAUUUUCAAUGUCCCUUGACAUAUUGCUUUCAUAUUUUUCAAACUUCUUUACUAACAUGAACCCAAUCUAUAAACAAGACAACUGUAUCAAGCAUUUUGUAAGAAUUAUGGCCCUGUUUCCAUUUACAAUAUGCAUAUUACUUUAGUUACAUUGCCAUAACUUCUUUAUUUAUGAUCAGAUUUUAUUAAUACAUGUACUUUGACAAAAUAACACUUACCUGAAUACCACAAUGGAUUCCACCUCAACAAUACCCUACGCCCCAACCCAGAA